UCAGCAGGACAACACUGGAUGAUCUUCUCCGUGGAAUAUUUCUCCAGCAGGUACAUAACCAGAGGAGGACGUUUAGGAAUUCCAGCCCGGCUGGGAGGACGAUGGAGGAGCAUUUUGUCCUCAGCAUCCAGAGGAAAGGAGGAAUAAAGACAAAAAGGUGCCGGCUAACUCUCUAGAAACUUUCCAAAUAUCCGACAGAGGACCACAGAGGAAAAAAGACGGACAUUUCAGGAGUGAAAAGGACGGAGGAACGCCGCUCUGGGAAACGAAUAAAGUUUGAAUGAAAGCCGGAAAAGCUCACGUGUGACCGUAGAAGAAGAAAAUCAACCUGAUUAAUUAACCUGAUCAAUUAACCUGACCCUCCAACAUGGAGCAUCCCCUGGCCAUCCUCCUCCUCCUCUUCCUCCUCCACUUGGCGGCGGCGCCGGCGGGCGGCGUGACCCGGGUCCAGCUGGAGCGCUGGGUCCGCUCGGGCCUCCAGUCCCUGCAGUGGGACCAGAUGGACCACUGCCUGCGUGCGUCCUUACGCUCCGAGGCCGAGUGCAGGCGCCUCGCCAACCUGCCGCCCUCGGCCGUGGCCGUGUACGCCUCGGAGCCACGCCGCGCUGCAGGCCCCUCGGACAAAGUCCUGGCCAUCCUCCCGGACUCCACCUCUUCCAGCGUCCUGACAGGCUCCAAAUUCCGGGCUGCCUUCAGCGUGGGUCCAGUGGUACAAGGCAGGGAGAGCCGCCACAGGUACCCCCCGCCUUACCCGGCCUCCGUGGCCCACGAUGCGGUGCUGGUGCUGGACCCCAGCCCCGGGGAGAACUUUGGACACCCGGUGGUCCUCUUCUAUGUGGACCUGAAUGUGACGAAGAGGAGAUGCUCCCAUCUGGAUGGGAUCUAUUUGGGAGAGGAGUGCUUGACGCACGCCUUAAAAGGUCGAUGCCAGAACCAACUGAAGCGCAGACAAACCGGACCCGAGAGACUCAUCAGCCACCACGGGAACGCUUGGAGAUUGGGCGGAAGUCCACGCGGCGGUAUCUUUAGCAGCUCAGUCAGCGGAAGGCUCUGCGAGGUCCACUUCCUGCCACUGGUGGUCGCAGUCGGAGACAGCAACCAGACCCAGAGACUCCGAUGUAUCGAUCACGCGGAAUUUGCGAGGUGCCCUCAGCCGGCGCCCAUGGGUUCCCCAAGUCUUCCCAUCUCCAGCUGUGAGUUGAACAAAAACACCAGACGUUGUCACCAGCAGCCGCUCGCCACUCACCUCUCCUGCCGCCUCUACCAGACCUGCGACCACGCUGUGCUCAUCUCAGGCGGGUGGCGGCAACACAUGACAUUCCAGCGUCAUGUCCAGAAUCUUCUACGGUUCUACAGAAUGCUCCGAAUCAAUGGUUUCCACAAAGACCACAUCAAGACCUUCUUUGCCAGCAGCGGACACAUUCCAGAUGAGCUGGAGGGCGCCUACUCGGCCACGGAGAAAGCAGUGAUCCGUAACCACGUGUCGUACGUCUGCAGGAAACAACACUGUGCCGACUCCUUGGUGCUCUACCUGAACUCACCCACGCGUAGUGAUGGCACCAUGCUGCUGUGGGACAGCAACCUCAACGGCAUUGCUGAUCUAAAGGAACGCUACUCGGUCAACGAGCUGUUGAGCGAUCUGGCCGGCUGCCGGGCGGCCCGUGUUUUGAUGUUUGUGGAUCAGAGCAACAGCGCCGUUCUUUUCAAAAGGCUGCGAGGAUCUCAGAAACAUCUCAACGUAGUUGUGAUCCAGAGCCAGAAACGGCAGAAUCGGAGCCCAGGCUGGGAGGACAGCAGCUGGGCUCAUAUCGGUCCAGGAACCUGCCUGCUCGACCACCUGGAGAAGAGCACUGGUGCAUCCCAAGACAAGUGGGCCGGCCUUCUCAACAUCACCCUGGCUGGAGCCCCCUGCAACGCCACGCCACCGCUAACGGACAGCGAGAUGCGGCGGGAGUACAUGGGAUGCCAGAACCUGCCGACUGCACUGUGGCACAGGAAGUACCGGAGGAUCAACUAAAAAAAAUAAACUACACAAAAAAAAACCCCAGAAACCCUCAAAGACGGACCAGAGAAAUACAUGUUAGUGCGGUACAGGGGUGUCCAAAGCGUGGCACGGGGGCCCAAGGAAUGGCCCACGGAACAUUAGUAAAAUACAGUUAAAGAAGAAAACGGCAACAAAACUAUAAAAAUUCACGAGAGUAAAGUCGAAAUAUCCGGAGAAUAAGGCAAUAAUAUGAGGAAAAUAUUGUCAGCUUACAGGAAGUCAUCAUUUUAUCAGAAUAAAAAUCACAACAUUAUUAGGAAAAAUAUGUUUUUUAGAUGCAUAAAGUUGAAAUAUUUUUUGUAAUAUUCGGAAAAAGAAAAGAAUAGUUCCAAGUUUUGGAGAAAAAAACUUGGAGAAAAAUUGGAUAAUAACUUGCUACACAUGCACACAUGCUAAAAUUAGCAUGCUAACACCAAGCAUGAUAGUGUUCAGUGUUAUAUAUGUUUAUAUAUAUAUAUAUAUAUAUAUAUAUAUACAUAAACAGCUAGAAAUGCUGCUAUGCUAAUGUUAGCAUGCUGGCAAUAAAAACAUGCUAACACUUAGCAUAAUAGUAGUAAGCGUUCAUACAAAUGUCUAGCUAUGAAAAUGGCUAAAAAUGCUAUUAUUCUAAUAUUAGCAUGCUAACAUGCUACUGUUAGCAUGCUAACACAUAGCAUAAUAGUAGUAAGUAUUUAUAUAGUAUAUGUGCCUACUUAUGAAAACGGUGUGCAUACACACUUAGCACGAUUAUGCGAGGUCUUAGCAUGCUAACGUUAGCAAGGUAAUACCAUUUUUAGUAGCAUUUGUAGCCAUUUCAUAAGUCGAUACUUAGUAUAUAAAGACUUAGGACGAGACUUAGGACAUGUUAGCAUACAAAGUAUGCUAACAUUAGCAUGCCAACAUUAGCAGCGUAUCUACAGCGCACAGGUUGCUUUGCCAAAUGUGAAAUAUCAAAGUCUCCAUCAAGUCCGUCCUCUGGUUUUUCAGGAUGGAGCCCUCGCUGGAAAAAGUUUGGACACCCCUGUGUUGGCGUUUGUCACAUGCACGUGUAGACGGACAGUAGAUGCGACGUGUGCGUGUGUGUGUGUGUGUGUGUGUGUGUGUACAUGUGCGCUUUCUGCCCCAAUGCUGAACUUGGACUGUAAGCA